GUAGUUCAGUCCGCCGAUGUGAGAGAGGGACCGCUCGGAUGGGCAAUCAGGGCAGUAGCUUUGAUUUGCAGGCGGCGCAGGCUCAGCUGGCGCAAGAGGCAGCUGGUAAGGAUGGAGCUACCUCACAUGCCAGCGCGGAAGAGGUCAUCAAGCGCAAGUCGCAGCGGCGCAAUAGCUUCUCAGGACUGGCCUUUCACCGAUCUUCAUCCUCACUCAACAUCUCCGCCACCAAUGGAGACUCGGGCACCGCCACGAAGAAAAAGACCCAGCGACCGCGAUCCAUGACCUUGGUCAGCCGCCGGCUGAGUGGCAUCAUGCCACCCAUCCUGGCCGCAGCCCAAGACACCAGCGACAAGAAUGGACAGCACAUUGCCAAUUCGCCCACAGAACUUCUCAAGGCCGCCAGCCCCGAGGUGAUUGAUGUCACGCUCCGCAAAACUUUGGGUGGCUACGGCUUUAGCAUCACAGGCAACAACCUCCACGGCACCUACAUCACCCGCAUUCUUGUGGGCAGCCCCGCCCAUCGGUCUGGUGUUCUGCGUCGAGGCAUGCGUCUGUUUGCGAUCAAUGAUGAAGACAUCACUGGUCUCUCCCGUGAGGCUGUCAAGAUCCUACUCGAGUCCUCCGACUCGCCUGAACUUGUUUUGGAGGUGGCCUAUGACCCAGAUGGUUUUGCCUACUUUGAUAAAGGUGAAGAACUGCGCCGACUAAGCGUCUUUGCUUUUGCAGCAUGUGCCAACAGUACUGAAGCAGAUACAGCACCGUACACCCUGGCCGUUCACUGGAUGGGCAGUGUCCCUAUCGAAGAUUCGGAACCCGAAACGCUGCAAGGCCACUACAUGACGCUCAAAGCCAACCCACGCAAAGAGUGGAAGCAUCCCUUGCGCCUUACCAUCUCAGCAACCGACAUUUGCGUUUCGGAAGUCGCCAAACUCAAGAAAAAGGAGGCCACUCCACCCCCAAUCGAGCGGCUCCUUCUGGCUGAUGUGGUGACGUGCAGCGCGUCCAGUAACGUGGUCGCCCUGGUCCAUCGUACUGUCACGCUCGAAGGCCGGGAGCUCGAGUGCUGGUACUUUACUACCACUGAUGAGCAGCAGGCUGCCGCGAUGAAGAGCAAAGUUUCUGAUAUGUGCCAUCAAGGCAUGGCCCAUCUGCAAGCAGUCCGAUCGGAAGCACAGGCAUUGGCUGAUCGAGCCGCGGCCUUGCGUCCCGUGCGGCCCCGUCGUAACACCAGCUUGGACACCAUUGCCAAGGCCCUGCAUCCUCCGGAGGACGCCACCAAUGGUGCCAACCCGUCGGCUACUAGUGAAAAACCAAGCCCCAAAUUGGCGACACGAAACAGCAUGCACCUGCCAGAAGAGGCCGUUCAAGCGGCAGCUUUACCUGCCAGUAUGGGUAAGGUUGCAAGUCUCCAUCAGCAGCGCUGGUUUCAGGCGCGCAUCGACAAGCGCACGGCCUGCCGGACGCUACGCGAGAAAGCACGUGUAGGAGCCUUUGUGGUCUACCCAGCAGAUCUCCCCAACAAAUAUCUCCUGUCCGUAAAGGAAUCUGCCGCGGAAGUUGUGACCAUGACCAUCAGCCCCGAAGUGGAUGAAGUUCGCAUCUUUUACGCUCUGCAAGGGCAUCCAAAGCGCUUCCGAGAGGUGGUGGAGCUGGUGCAUUACUACGCCAAGCACCCGUAUGCGCGCGAUGGCAACAACCGCCCAAAAUUGCUGGGGCCUCGCGGUCCUGCUAAAAGUCCUGCUAAAAGCCCAGCCAAAAGUCCACGCUCACAGGACGACACAAGCGCUCAGGAGCGCCCAUCUGACGCCAAUGCAACCAAUACUGAUGCGACGUCUGCACCGUCAGCUGCACCCACCUCACCACCAGUCUCGACGCGUGGGUCGCCGAGCUCCUCCCACGCCCCGUCCGUCGAAAAUGUGGCAGACUCGACAGCCGAUGCCAACUCUGAUCUGAAGGCUGGUCAGAAUGCCAACUCUGAUUUGGAGUCCGGUCAGGAAGUGGAGACUAGAACCCAGCCGGUCAACAGUGAGGCCACCACGCCUAAAACACCCAAAGCGCCCGCAACACCUGAAACACCCGCUACGCCUGUGACGCCUACAGCCGAAACGCGGCGCAAACGCAAACCGCGUGUCCGUGCCGAUCCCCGACAGUCUGGACUUCGACCAAUGUCUGGAGUGCCCCCGCGCGUCUCAACUCGACAUGCCGGGCUCACGCCUGAUGUGCUUGCAGAAGGAGUGCGUGCUGCUGAAAAGUACAAUGCCAUGUGCGCCGUUCUCGCCUAA